AUUAAGCUACUGAUUUCAGCGAUGAUAAAGGCUGUUUUAAAAAUAAUAAACAAAAUAUUUUUCGUUUGAGUGUUGUGAUGCCAUUAGGGGACCACACUUCUAACUGAAAACAUUGCAAAACAUAUUUGAAAUAUUAACAAAAAAUACAAAUGGGGAUUCAAGUAAAUGCUGGUUAUUUUAUUGGAUACUGGGAUGUAUAUUCCGGAGGCGCCACUAUUGUAAUAAGUUUACUGUUUAUGGCGAUCGGUGCAGCUAAUGGAGGAAAUCAAAUUAUCGAUGAUAGUAGUACAGUUGCUAUUGCAAUUGCGUUUUUAAUCAUAAUUUUAUAUUGUGCUAUUAUGGUCGCUGUUGCUGGGUUUCUUAUAAAAGGUAUGCAAAAUAAUAGACCGAUGCUAAUGAUCCCUUUUUUGGUGGUAAUAUUGAUGAAAAUUGUUGCCUAUCUAUGUGGCAUUACUGCAACAUUUCUGUGGUCUGGGAAAGCUGAAACGCUGCGUCUUGUAUGUGCGAUCAAUAUAGUUAUUGAAAGUGUGAAAUUCGUAUUGAUAUACAACCUUUAUUGUAAUCUGAGGAAUGAAGAGCGAAUUGAUCCGGAAGCGAUUAUGCAAGUGGGAUUAAUAUACGAGAAAUUUUAA